UGUAACAACCCCCCGCCCCCAAACCACCAGAAUGCUACCAAUUGAGUGGCUUCGAGGGUUAUGGUUCACGGGGGGAAAUGAUUUGAUUUUGUUUUACAAGAAAGUUAGGGCCAUCGUAAAUUAUUAUAAGAAUAACGGAGAAUGAAUAUGAGCUGGACUUGUUUUGUAACAUCGCGCAAUGCACGCCAUGCCUGCACGGCUGCACCGGAUACGGUCAGCGCAACAUGACCCGGCCGAUCGCUGGAUGCUACCGGAUGUAGCGCAGUUUGCAACAGUAACAUUGUUUAUUAUCUAAUAUGUCGAAAAGGGUGAUGAAAGGAGCGAUAUAAGGAGGAGCGAAAACGAACAAGGAGACUCGGUUAUCUGAAGAGGUCUACGGUUAGUCCCCGAAAUGCUUUCGGUGUGUAAUCAGACAUCAGGAAGUAUUGUUUCAGACGAUCGGACUGCACUUCGGAACCAGCGCAAGCAGACAAUUAUUUGAUAAUACAUUUCAGAAGUACAUAAACAGAGAGAAUGUCCUGGUUCUCUCAAGUGUUGCAGAGCUCCAGUGUGCAGCCACCACCUCUAGGUGUAUCUCCAACACGCACUGGUCCCUCUGCAGCUGCACGGGGCACUGCACCCACGGCCGGGCAGGCCUGGCCUUUUUCUCAGCCUCCCACAGCCUCCCUCAGCCUCUCCGAAUUCCCCACACCCCCCUACUCCACAGUGCCCCCUAGCUUGGGGGAGCUGUCCAGCACUUCACUGGAACUGGGGCCAAGGGGGGACCCGGUGCCCCUCUCCUACGUGACUUUGCAGGAGCAGAGGUGCGUUCUUAGCUGGUUCCAGGGCUGGAUGCCGGCACAGAAGGAGCGCUUCCUGCAGGAUCUGCUGGCCAAGGCCGUCCCAGGGAAGGUGUGCACCCUGCUGGAGCAGCUCAACACACUGCAGGUGCGCGAUCGCCCACCCAGCAUCUUCGAGUGCCAGCUGCGCCUGUGGUCUCAGUGGUUCGAGUCGUGGGCCGAGGAGGAGCGGAACACCUUUCUUCACAGCCUGGAGGAGCAGGACGCUGCGUUUGUUGGCCUCUUUUACAGAGCCGUGGCUGGGACGGCAGGCAGAGAAUGAGGGGGGCGCUACCUGUGGCUGGUUGGAGUUUCUUGCCAAUGGUGGGAAGUGACAUAAAAACAGCAAGAGAAGAAAUGACUUUUGGCACAAUGUGACUGGAGGGGAGGGUCAUGUGACAAGACCUUUCAUUAUUCAGGUUUCUUUUGCUGUACUUGAAAAAAUGCAGAGAUGACAGGUGAAGCGAAACGCUAAGGGGAUGGUUCUCUUGGGUGCAAACCCCAGUAAUCUAUAAAGAGCUGGUGGUUACAUUUGGGGCUCAAUUCAGUGGGGACUAUAUUACAAGAGUACAAUGCAUAGCAGCUAGAAUUGAUAAAGCACUGCACAUAUGCUGAGUCGCGUUCUGAUUCGCGUCGCGGAAAUGCUCACAGUGCCAGGUUUGCACGCCUGUAUGUAUGCCCCGGCGCAGUACGCUGCAGUGGCAGAAAUGCAAUAGUGCACAGAGAGGCUGCGCUCAUCUUGGCAGCCUCCCAUGAGAGAGAGAGAGAGAGAGAGAGAGUCCAAGCCUGUCCCUAAAUGGCGGCACUGAAGACGUUUUACUAAACGAAUGGUGAUGUCAUUCCCGAGACACAAAGCCUCUGUUUUGUAAAUGCAGGGUUUCCAUGCUUUUUUUGCAUCCAGCAAGACUCCAAAUGUGCAUUUGAGUACAAAUGCGGUGCACCACACAGCGGCUUCAAAUGCUGUCACCGGCGAGGCAUUUUAUGUUUCCUGUCUGUUGAUGAACACGAGAAGAAUCAGCGAGAGCAGAUGCCGAGUAUUUUUAUCUGUUUUGAUGUCAACAGAAGAGUUUCAUUGAAGGGUUCCAGCAAAAAUAUGUUCUUGUAUGAAAUUAUGACCGUUUACAUUGUCUUUGAAUAUUGUGGAAUUUUGUUUUCUUAAUAAAGAUUCUGCUUUGAGGAUAAAAACAUCACUGCAUAUGUCUGGGAAGGCAAAAAUGAUAAGCAAAGUAGUAAUGGAUGAAAUCACGCUUCACGAACCAUUAAUUUUCUGUGUAAAUAAGGGCAUAAAAUAUGCACCAAAGCAAACCAACAGCACCACCUAGUGGGGUGAAAAAAUACAGCACAUGGUUCAUAGGGGUGCCAUUUUGUCCAUCACUAAUCAUUGGCAUUUACUUCACCAGUAUGUGUAUAUCUGCCGAUAGCUGUGUCUAGUCUGCGGCAUUAUGUGCCAUUAUUUCUGUGUUUUGUGUCAAAUUCUAGGUUAAGUCUGAUUUUUUUUCUCUGUAAUUUUUUUGUUGACCCUUAAUGCUAAUUGGCAACUCUGAGGCACUUUUCCUAUUCGUGUGUUUAUUUUUCUCCCAUUACUGAUUUUGCAGUGCAGGGUUCCAGCCAGUCCAGAGCCUCUCCGUAGGGGCACAGGGCACAUGCUGGGGUAUAUUCUGUUUGAAAUGCCCCUUCGUGACAGAACACGCAAGCUGCUAUGUGCUUAUUGUGAGAAUUUAGAGACACUGAUCCAUCUAAACAACGCAUCUUGCGUGCUGUGGGAGGGAAUUUGAGAAUAUGGGGGUGUUUUUCUUUCCAGUGAUUUUAAAUAAUUGCUUAUUUAAAUAGGUUCCACACCACUGCAAAGCUAUCUCUGCAAACACGCAGCAUAACACAAAAGAACUCUUUAGGUGGGAUACCAGCACAUUGUAAGACAUUUGAAUGCACACAUAUUUUCACCCACAUAAUACAACACUAAGAACAGCAUAGACACCCUAUUAGGACUUGCCUUUCUUUGGAUGGAUGGAGGAGUACCAUUGCAUCACAAGUAAAGAUAUGCAAGUUGACUCCUGGGCGGAGUAUAAUGAAAAUAAAAUAUUGCCAAAUGUCAGGGGCUGUGCAUGUAUUUUUGGGUUUACAGUACAGUUUUGUUUAAUCAAUAAAGUCACGUUUUUUGUUACCAA